AUGAACUUAUUGAACAUUGCUAAACAUCUUCUCUAUUUGGCACAAACUGAAUAUGGAUCUGAAAAUUCUGCAACAACUACUGAUGAAUUUUUUGCUGCAAAACGAUUACUUGAAGUUCUGAAGUCAUUUAAAGAUAGCUACUUCAGUGAAUUGUAUAUUUAUGACACUCCAGAAUUGCACGAUGAAUAUGAUGAAAUGACUAAUGAAGAAGAAAACGAUGAUGGCAUCGAUGAUUACAACGAGAAUGAAUAUUCUGAUAAAGAAAAUCGUUUUAUAUUAGAAGAAAUGGAAAAUAUAAUCGAAUAG